AUGGUUCGGAUCGACUUCUUCGUGGCGUUGUCACAGUCAGUCCUGACUGUUUGCGUUAUGGGUGCCGUCUGUGUCCCCCCACAUCCACAUCCACUCCCGCUCCUGCUUCGCACCUGCAUCGCUCCUGGGAGUGCCCCUGAAUCACGCCUUUCGGGGUGGGGCCCACGCGGUGCCGCCAUCGCUAACCGCACCGAGCUGCAACUUCGCCUGUACGCCUGAGCUGAGGCCCACAUUUGUCGUAUCGCGCAGCACGCUAGGGUGGGUGUACACCUUUGCCUGGUCCGCAUCCUUCUACCCUCAAUUCCUCCUCAACCUCAAGCGGCGCAGCAUCCAAGGGCUCUCGGUCGACUUCCUCGUUUUGAACCCACUGGGUUUCGCCUCGUACGCGACCUACAACAUCGUUCUCUUCUCCUCCAAGACUGUCCGGGAUCAAUACCGACAACGCCAUGAUGGGCACAAGCCGUUGAUCAGACCGAACGAUGUAGCCUUCGCGGUCCAUGCGCUCGUCAUUUCCUCGGCGACUUUGUUGCAGGCUAUCAUUUAUAGAGUACGUCCAGCUCGAGGCAUGCAUUUGCAUCGCAGAUGAGCUGACGAAGAAAAUCUUGUUCCUUCAGAAAACGACCACUCAAACCAUCUCGACCUACAAUCAAACAUUCAUCGGGCUCGCUCUAAGCUCGAUCCUGGUUGUUGCUCUCCUCGCGGCCACGACAACCUCCUCGGUCGCUUGGCUCGACCUACUUUACUUCCUUUCCUACAUCAAACUGUAUAUCAGUACUGCCAAAUAUAUACCUCAGGUAAGGCUCCCGAGUCUCGCUCUUAUGACUUGUGCCGAACCGCUGACCCUCAAAUUUUGUCUCGAUUGAAAACCCCCUUCUAUCGAGUCGCAUCUCCAGGCGUAUCUAAAUUACAAAAGCAAGUCGACAGUCGGAUGGUCGAUCGAGAACAUUCUGCUUGAUUGUACUGGUGGAGUCCUGUCCUUGUAAGCUGUCUGGACGUGGGCGCAAUUAUAUGGCAGUUUUGCCUGAGACACCACCUGCGAAUAUGUUCCGUGCGUACCAGAACUCAACUCGUGCUUGACUCGUGGCUCGAUUCGGAUUGGCGAGCCAUCACUGGUAAUCCUGGAAAGCUGUACGUUUCACUUGUAUGUCUUCGGUCUGCGUCACGAAGGAUGCCCUUCGCUCACAGCAAUCGCUCUCGUCUCGAUCCAGGGGCUUGAGUUUCCUCUCGAUCGGAUUCGACAUUCUCUUCCUCCUGCAGCACUACGUCUGGUACCGACAUUCGUCACAAUCUCUCUUGGAGGCGAGCUCGAGUGAUACAAACGGUAUUGAUGACCCCGAUAGAGAAGAUCCCAUACCCAAUUCUGCCGGUGGUGGCAGUACGGAAAGGAGUCGGUUGUUAGCUUGA